AUAUGCGCUCAACUGUAAUUCAAAACCAAGAAGGCCAGGGUAGGGCGAAGCCUGACGGAGCGAGACGCGUAUCCCCAAAGAAAGAAAGAAAAACAACAGCCGCGCAUUGCAGUCUUUUGAGGAGAUAUGAUUAGUUAGGUUUGACUCGACUUCGGUAUUUGAAGGUGAUUUUCCAGACAUGUGAAGGGUUAAUGGAAAUGCAGAUCUUUUAAACAUGCAGAUGACUCACACAGCUUGCAUGUGAAUGGGGCACAAGUUCAGUGCAGAUCCCAUGUGGAAUUAACGAAGCCAAAAACUGUGGAGAAACGACUUCAAUCAUGUCGCUAUCGACUGUGCUUGCAAAGGCACUUUUUGACAAUGCUGCUGAAACCCCGGAGGAGUUGGCAUUUCGUAAAGGUGAUAUCCUGAUGGUUCUUGACCAAGAGCAGGAAGGUGGACCUGGCUGGUGGCUUUGCUCCCUUCAUGGUCGGCAAGGCAUUGCUCCUGCCAACCGACUGCGUCUCCUCCAAACUUCCCAGACUCUUACUCAAAGCACAUGUACGGAAAAUCGACAGACUCCUAGUCUGGAUUCAGUCCAUCUAUCACCCAGCCAACAAGGUUGCGUAAAUGGACUAAGUGCUGAAGAUGCAGAUGGGGUGUAUCUUUCACCGCCCAGCUUGACAGAAGGGGUUUACCAAAGCCCUGGGGCGGCACCUGUCCCAGUCAGGCCUGGAGAUCUCCGUCAUCUUGAUGGAGGAAGGCCACGAUCACACUCUAGUUCUGGAACUAGGCCUCGUCCAGAUUGGGGGGAUAUGGCUGUGGCAGGCCGUCCCCGCUCCCCUUCUCUGAGAGGACGGGUCGGGGAGUCAGGGACCUUUUACCAGACACCCACUUCACCUGCCCCGCUGACGGCACAACACAGAUCACAGGGUGAAUUGGCAUCAGAUUCGGUAUAUCUGACUCCAGGUGCUGUUUCGAGGUCUGUUGCCGAAACAGGAGGGGAGGCAAGGUAUUUGACCCUAAAAGAUGCAGGGUCAGGGCAUUCGGAUGGAUGCUACUUGGUGCCUAGACCAGCUGUAACAACAUUGAGCAAUGAAAAUCUAUAUCAGACUCCUAUGAGUGGUGCCCCAGUAGCAGGACAUUUUGUACCAGGAAUGACUACCCCUAAUAAUACUGCCAAAAAUAAGUCUGGCCAAGAUGCCCCGGGCAUGUAUCAAACCCCUACCCCACCUGGAGGAGCAAUAUUAAGGACUCCUCAAUCCGAGCGCAAACAUCCCUCUGGAACUUUAGGAGUCUCUUCUCCAUUAACAUCGGGGCAGAAUGUUAAGCAAACACCUCCGUCUGGCAGAGGAUCCCAGAAGCCACAGGGUACUUCUUCAACACCUCCUGCUGGCAGAGGAAAACUGCCCCAAGCUGGCAUGAGAGAAUCCCCUCUACUCGCCAGGACGGGGAAGUCCGGAGUACCAGGUUCCCCAAACUUUGGUCGAAAACCACCUCCGCCAGCACCACCAGUUAGAAGCGUAACCAGAAAGGAUUUACCUCAGUCUAGCCCAGUUCCAGCCAUGAAACCUGUUCUCCAGUCAAGCCAUGCAUCCCCGCAGGCACAGAUGCUGGAGGAGGAGAGACAGGGAAAUAAAAAUGGAAAUGCACAAUUGAACGAGAUUCAAAAGAACAGUGAAGCAGUGACCAGAAAAGCAGGUGCAAAUUCAGAACAACUCACUGAUGAGGUAUACGAUACACCUCCCACUAAAAGGUGGCAACAUUCAGUUCCUGUAGUGCCUUCUGAGCAGGAUGAUGGAAUCUAUAACACACCUCGUGCUGUACACACUGACCAGGCCUCUGAGAUUUAUGAUGUCCCCACUCUGGCUCUUAAUUCCUCUUCAGAGCAUCAGCAGAAAACCUACAAUAUUUCAGGUGCAGCCGCUGGGACUGGUGAUGCAGAGGAUGAGGAUGUUUACAGCGUUCCCAGUCUCCCUGGGUUGCCCUUGGAGUCAGGCGAGAUGCCGGGAUUAACUGCUGGGAUUAAUGCCAUUUCCACUCCAAGAAAGCAAGAUCUAGCCUGUGAUGGUGGACCGGAAGUCGACGGAGGCAUCUACGACAUGCCUGCGCUCACUCUGGAAAUACCAACACGUCGAUUGUCCAUAUCAAGCACCGGCUCUGGGGACAUCCAGUGGAAAGCCUCUCUCUCUGCUCUCGUCCAGGCCGCAUUGACUUACUCCUCUGUCACCACCACCCCCUCCAGAGACUUAGCUUCUGCGCUGGCUGAAAUCCUUUCCGCUUGGAAAGCUGGCCACGUAAGUGAUGUUCCUCCAGUUCUGCAGCAGAUUUGGACCCGUCUCUCAGACCUACUUCCUGCCCUGUCAGUGUGUGGUAUUACCCCUCCAGCUGACAGUCUACUCGCGAUGGUCCGUUGUGCUCUGGAAGACUCCGCCGCACUUCUUCAAACACAGGCACGGCCCCGACUACCUUCUCAGGAGUCUCUGUCCCGGAGACCUCUUCCUGCUCUGCCGGUGGCGGAGGUCAAGCCCAUUGCAGGAGAUAUGGGGUCACGAAAAGGCAGCUGGAUCCAGGAACGACCGCUUCCUCCUCCACCACCAGUAGCCUUCCCGUUGCCCCCAGCAACAGUCUCCUUAGCCCCUACAGUAGGAAGGGUGGAUGAUGAUGAACAAGGGAAUGAAUAUGCAGGGAUUGGUUUAACUCCUACUCCACCGCCUUCAUAUCCUGUUGGUGACAGUGUGGGAUACGUCAAACUGCAGGGGAAGCCUGAGCCUCCACCAGACAACCACACAGAUCACAGUUCUUCACAGCUUAUCACCACAGCUGACAAUAAAUUGAGUCCCUCUGCACCUGUCUCACUGUCUCUGGAGGAUUCAGAGCUUCUUUCGUUCUAUUCAUCCCAAAGUCUCUCUCAUCUUUCAUGCCUGGCUGAUGCCAUCGACUCGCUGUUCACAAGUGUCCAAGGGAACCAACCACCUCGAGUCUUUGUUUCCAGAGGGAAGAGUCUUAUUGUAACUGCACACAAACUUGUCUUUAUAGGGGAUACACUUGCACGCCUCCUCAGCUCUUCGGAUCUCAGGGCAAAGGUCACCACCUCCAGUGGACGCCUCUGUCAAGCUCUAAAGGCAGUCGUUGUGGCAACCAAGGGGGCGGCCCAGAAUUACCCUUCAGUACCCGCUACGCAAGAAAUGGUGGACAGAGUAGCUGAUCUAUCUCAGCAUGCUGCAGGGUUCUCUGGGCUUUUGCAGCGAUUAGCUGAGACAACUUGAUAUUGUUGGUGUUUUUUCGAGAUUUAUUAUUCACAGUGGAAUGCCUUACUAUUUUUUUGUUAUUUUUAUAUAUAUAUUUGUUUAUUGAUUGUGUUUGAGAAGGUGUCUAAAGUGUGUCACUUCCUGACUCAUAACAGUGAGUGAAUAUAAGUGUACCAGGGUGUAGGUUGUGACACUUGAGAGUGUGCUAUUUUUCUUUUCAUAUAAGUUUAUGGUGCCAAGCACACUAAACAUUGUAAUAACUUAUUGAUGGAUGUUUCGUUCGAAGAUGUUUGCGACCUCAGGCAUAUUUUCUUAAAAGGUUUUAUUUUGUCCCCUUAUCCCGAGAUCUCAUCAUCACAUUUAACAUUGAUCCUUUUAUAAAAUCUACAUUUAAGGAUCCUCAUGUAAAAUACGAAUCUUACUAGUUUUAUUUGUUUGUAAAUGUAAAGUGGCCUUUGUGGUAAAGAGAUUAAUGAAGCAACUAGUUGACAGUUUAGGGGGUUGCGGUCUUUGUUACAUUUGUAACCAAUUGGGCCAUUUGUUCAGAUCGGAAGAAGUGAGGUAGAACAGGAAUUAAAUGAGAAUUUUUGGUGGACAGGUAUUGGAUGAUCUUUCCCACAAUGGUGAUUCAAAGAUAAACCUGUUUGUCAGGUCAACUCGCCUCCUUUUUUUGCUCACGUUCUUUUUCGCUGUUUUCCUUACCGUAAUUCUCACAGUCCCACAGCUGCAUUCUGCCAAGUUUCUUGACUUGCUUACAAUGGCAAUUUAAGUGUGAAGCAGUUUGGGCAACAAGUUGUGCACAAUACUAAACAGGGUUUUUUUCAUUUUGAUAGGCUAUGCAGCAUUUCUGAAACAGCAAUAUAUAUGAAUAUCUAUAAGCUUCCAUAGAAGCAAUCAAAACAGUUGCUGGUGCUUACAAAAUGUUUUAGGAUUGUUUACUAUGCAGACAGGCCUGCAAACCACUCGGUUCUUACCAGUCUAGACCUUGUGAGUACGCGGGUUGACACAUGCACCUGUUUACCUCCUGUCUUAAAAUCAAUUCAUACAUUUUCCUCCUGUUUAUGUGUGAUCCUCAUAGUCUGCAUUUCACAGUGCUCAUUACCGUUAAUUUAUUUUUCAGCUUUCUUCCCUGAUUUCUAUCUCAAAAUACUUGUAUUAUUUUUAUUCAACCCCCAGUGUAAAGCUUUCAGUAUUAUUUGAGCUGUUCCACUGUUUGGUUUAAUGUAAGAUGUGUUGGUUUUGUGGCAAAAAAGUAAAGUCAGACCAAACAGAUGAGAGUGAAAAUUAAUCUUACACCUGUUACUUGAGAUAUAGUCUACUUGGGUACGUUUGCACCCUUUUCUCCUUUUAUGGCAAAGUCAAAUGUUUUCAGCCCUCUGUUCAUUAUGUAUGUACUGUUUUAUUUAUUGUGGCCUUUAUUCGUUUUUACUUAUUUGGUUAGUCCUAUCACAAUGGAUGCAGUGGAUUUGGCGUUACAAGGUGGUGGAAUGUCUAAUUUAGUGGAUCAUAGUCUGAGGAUUAUUCUGAAUAAGAUUUUUUUUCCAAGAAUAGAUAAUUAUUCUGGUCCUAGUGUUUGAGUGAUCUCCAAGUGCCAUCUGGUGGACUUUAUCAGUAUAAGCCUACUACACUAUUUAGAAGUAAAGGAGGAAUAAAGAGCCUCAACAGGUAUUCAGAAUAUACUUCUUAUCACUUUCAGGUAGAUAGGCUAAGCAACAAACUGUUUGAUUUUGAAUGAGCCGUCUUGUCCUACUGUACAAAAAAUAUUUAUGUAUGUAGACAUUGCAUUUAUUCACUUGUCCUCAGCAAGCAUCCAUUCCUUUCAAGACGAUCACCUGUUAUUUUCUUUCCAAGUUCUUAAAUUAAGUGCUUAUAGUAAUGCUUAGAUUUGAUUGUCCUAUAUAGUUAUAUUUAUUUCAUUUUGGUUAUCGAAUGUCCGCAUGGCUUUAAGUUGCUGUUUAAAAGAUAUAUGCACAUAUAAACAGGGAUGGUUUCCUGUAACCUGCCAUUGAUAACUCAGUUUGCUUUACGAAUGUGAUUUUACCAGGAUGUUUUUGAUAUACAUCUUCGCACCAAUGUUAAUUUUAAUAUUUUAUUUGUAAGACAUGGUCGACCGGUAUUAAGGUGCUUAUGGGACGUAUUUGGUACUAAUCAAUUUCUUUAAAAUACAUUGUGACAGAACCCAUACAAUUAAAAUUGUGUGUUGUUUUUUUCAAUUGCUGUGUCAUGUUAUGUUUGUAUAUACUGAAAUUAAAGAGAUGCUUCAUCGCAACAACCCACGAAGGACA